CACACCGCGGGCUCAGUCCGCACCGCGGCUCCACGCCUGCCGCCUGCACGCCGCCGCGCGGCCCGCCCGGUCCAGGUCGGGUCGGGUCCCAGUCCUGCCCCGUCUCGGUCCCGGACCCGGUCUCGGUCCCGGUCCCGGUCCCGGUCCAGUACGGCCCGGCCCGUCCCGGCCAUGCCCGCCAGGACCCGCUGAUGGCGCCGUCCGCGCGGCCGCCGGGGAUGCGCGCGCUGCUGCUGCUGCUGCUGCCGCCGCUGCUCGGCGCCGGCCCAGGUGUGUGGUGCUUUAGUGAACUGUUUUUUAUAAGAGAACCACAGGAUGUUACUGUCACAAGAAAGGACCCGGUCUUCUUAGAUUGCCAGGCUCACGGAGAAGUUCCUAUUAAGGUCACGUGGUUGAAAAAUGGAGCAAAAGUAUCUGAAAGUAAACGGAUCCAGGUUCUUUCUAAUGGCUCUUUGUACAUCAGCGAGGUGGAAGGCAGGCGGGGAGCCCAGUCUGACGAAGGAUUUUACCAGUGCUUGGCAGUGAACAAAUAUGGAGCCAUCCUGAGCCAGAAAGCACAUCUCGCUUUAUCAACUAUUUCUGCAUUUGAAAUUCAGCCAGUUUCCACGGAGGUCCAGGAAGGGGGAGUUGCAAGGUUUACAUGCAAGAUUUCAUCAAAUCCUCCUGCCGUGGUGACAUGGGAGUUUAACCGGACCACGCUGCCUGCGACGACCGACAGGAUGGCUGCCCUGCCCACAGGAGUGCUGCAGAUCUAUGACGUGGGCCCAGGGGACAUGGGCAGCUACCGCUGCGUGGCCGCCACCAUGGCCCACAGGCGCAGGAGCGCUGAGGCUGCACUCACCGUCACCCCAGCGAAGGCAUCCAAACCCUUCAACACCCCAACCAUCGUCGCAGGCCCGCAGAAUGUCACCGCGGCCCUCCACCAGACAGUCGUUCUGGAGUGCAUGGCCACCGGCAACCCCAAGCCGAUCAUUUCGUGGAGCCGUCUUGAUCACAGGUCCAUCGACGUCUUCUUCACUCGGAUGCUUGGAAACGGCAACCUGCUGAUCUCAGAUGUCAGGCUGCACCACGCGGGGGUGUAUGUCUGCAGGGCCACCACUCCUGGCACACGCAACUUCACGGUUGCCAUGGCAACUCUGACGGUCCUAGCUCCUCCUUCAUUUAUCGAAUGGCCAGAAAGUUUAACGAGGCCCCGCGCUGGCACCGCUCGGUUUGUGUGUCAGGCCGAGGGGAUCCCCACACCCAAGAUGUCGUGGCUGAAAAACGGGCGGAAGAUGCACUCGAACGGCAGAAUCAAGAUGUACAACAGUAAGCUGGUGAUUAAUCAGAUUAUACCUGAAGACGAUGCCAUCUACCAGUGCAUGGCUGAGAACACCCAGGGCUCCGUGCUGUCCCGGGCCCGGCUGACAGUGGUCAUGUCGGAGGACAGGCCCAGCGCCCCCUGCAAUGUGCACGCGGAGACAGUGUCCAGCUCGGCCAUCCUGCUGGCCUGGGACCGGCCCCUCUACAACGCCGACAAAGUCAUCGCCUACUCCGUGCACUACAUGAAGGCGGAGGGUCUGAAUAACGAGGAGUACCAGGUCGUCCUCGGCAAUGACACCACUCAUUAUGUCAUCGAUGACCUGGAGCCGGCGAGCAACUACUCGUUCUACAUCGUGGCCUACAUGCCCAUGGGGGCCAGCCAGAUGUCGGACCACGUGACCCAGAGCACCCUGGAGGACGUUCCACUGAGGCCUCCAGAGAUCAGCCUGACAAGCCGUAGCCCCACCGACAUCCUGAUCUCCUGGCUGCCCAUCCCAGCCAAGUACCGCCGGGGCCGCGUGGUGCUGUACCGCCUGUCCUUCCGCCUGAGCACCGACAGCACCGUCCAGGUCCUGGAGCUCCCAGGCACUUCGCACGAGCACCUGCUGCAAGGCCUGCGGCCCGACAGCGUCUACCUGGUGCGCAUCACUGCAGCCACUCAAGUGGGGCUGGGAGAGUCCUCGGUGUGGACCUCACACAAGACGCCCAAGGCCACCAGCGUGCAAGUCCCCAGGUCUCCGGAGCUGCACCUGGAGCCUCUGAACUGCACCACCAUCUCUGUAAGGUGGCAGCGUGAUGCCGAGGACCCCGCGGCCAUCCAGGGCUACAAGCUGUUCUACAAGGAGGAGGGGCAGCAGGAGCACGGACCCAUCAUCCUGGCCCCCAGCGAGCUGCUGCAUACGCUCAGUGGCCUGGACCCCAGAAGAAAAUACCAUGUGAGGCUUCUGGCUUACAGUAACAUCGAAGAUGGCUAUCAAGCUGAUCAGACUGUCAGCACCCCAGGAUGUGUGUCUGUGCGCGACCGCUUGGUCCCUCCCCCGCCGCCGCCCCACCAUCUCUAUGCCAAGGCCAACGGCUCCUUCGCUGUCUUCCUGCACUGGCGGAGGCCCGCGUUCACCGCAGCGCAGACCAUCAACUACACCAUCCGCUGCAACCCCGUGGGGCUGCAGAACGCCUCACUGGUGCUCUACCUACAGACAUCAGAAACGCACAUGCUGGUUCAAGGUCUGGAGCCAAACACCAAGUACGAGUUUGCCGUCCGGCUGCACGUGGACCAGCUCUCCAGCCCCUGGAGCCCCGUCGUUUACCAGGCCACACUGCCAGAGGCGCCAGCAGGCCCCCCCGUUGGAGUGAAAGUGACGCUGAUAGAGGACGACACUGCCCUGGUUUCUUGGAAGCCCCCUGACGGCCCUGAGACAGUCGUCACACGCUACACAAUCCUGUACGCAUCCAGAAAGGCCUGGAUCGCGGGAGAGUGGCAGGUCCUUCACCGAGGAGGAGCAAUCACCAUGGCUUUGCUGGAAAACCUGGUGGCGGGAGAUGUGUACAUUGUCAAGAUCUCUGCAUCCAAUGAGGUGGGCGAAGGACCCUUUUCCAACUCCGUGGAGUUGGCAGUGCUUCCAAAGGACCCUUCUGGAUCAAAUCAAAGGCCCAAGCGUUUGGAUUCUGCGGAUGCCAAAGUCUACUCGGGAUAUUACCACCUGGACCGGAAAUCGAUGACGGGGAUUGCAGUGGGUGUGGGCAUUGCCUUGACCUGCAUCCUGGUCUGCGUUCUCAUCCUGAUCUGCCGGAGCAAGGCCAGGAAAUCAUCUGCCUCUAAGACAGCCCAGAAUGGAACUCAGCCGCUGCCUCUCCCUGGCGCCCCCGGGUCUCCUGGAGAUGAGCGAGGGAAGAAGCUCAGCAGAGUCAUUGGGAGUCAGGAGUCCUCGGUGCCCGUGACCAUGCCAUGCAGCUUCAUCGAUGCCAAGGGAGGAAGUGACCUGAUAAUUAAUAGCUAUGGUCCUAUAAUUAAAAACAACUCUAAGAAAAAAUGGUUAUUUUUCCAAGACUCGAAAAGGAUGAGAGCUGAGCAGCCUCAGAGUCAGAAGUUUCCUCCGGCCGCUGCGCGCUUUCGCCAGCCAGACCCCGCGGUGCUGAUCGGCUCCCCGGCCCGGGCACCCGCCUUGCCCGGGCUCUCGGGAGCGGCGACGGACACUGAGCACUCGGCGCACAGCGAGGGCAGCCAGGACACCGGGGACUCGGGGCGGUUCUCCCACGAGUCCAGCGCCGAGCUGCGCCUGUCGGCGGCCCUGAGCGGCUCACCCUGGAGCUCGGGCGCCCUGACCGGUGGCGCCGCAGUGGCGAACCAAGCUCCGCCGGCUCAGGGAGCGGGUCCCGCGGGGCCGCUGGCGGCGCCUUGAGCGCGAGGCCCUGUGCAGGCCUCCGCCGGGGUCUGUUCGAAGGACAAUGAGCAGCGGCUGCGGUCUUGUCGGGUGCCUAAGCCUUUUUUUGAAUGUUUUCUUUUUUUUUGUUUUUUUUAAACUCACUGUCGUGAAUGUUUCCUUGUCAGCAAUGUGAAAGGACAGUCAAGGUGUCUGACUGUUGCAGAAUACAUCACUGGAGCAGAGGGAGCUUGCAGAGCCCUUUGCUGAGUAUCUACCUCAGUUGCCAGGCGGCAAACUAGAUAGCCCUACCUCCCAUAGCGUAGUGUCUCAGCGGCUCCCGAAGGCUUCCCUGCCGCUGCUGUGUGUGUGAUGCGUGUGAUCAAAGGAGCCCCACAGGGGGAUGAGCAAGAGUGUUUACCUGAAGCUCUGGUUUUUAAAGAAACUGAUGGCCACCAGCACAUCAGGUAGUUUAACACCUCUGACUGUGAGGACUGUUAAGGAAAGCAAAGUGUGGGACAGUUGAUUUUAAUGAAACAUAUGCUGUCUCAGUAGCAUGAACACAGUAAUCCGGCUUGAAAGGCUGCUCCUGGGGUCGGGGGCCAGCCAGACCCUGCCUGAGUGCUGCCUCGACCUGUCCUCUGCUCUUCCAAGGUUAGUGCAAACCCCGUGCAGAAAAUGGGUUCCCAAAGAGAAUGAUCAGGAUUUUUGGUUUUUUAUCCCAAUUUGGCUUAAAGAAGUAAAGAAAUUUCAUAAAAUAUUAAGAAUAGAGAUAAAUGCAAGAGUAGAUUGGAAAAGGGACUUGAAGCUAUCGUGGUUAACAGUGCCUUCCAGUAGAUAUUAGGAACUUCUCUGCCUUAGACCUAGUAUUCGUGAAGUUGUUUGGGACAGGAUUGCUAGCUGGGCAAGGUGAUGCAUGCCUGUAAUCCCAGCACUCAGGAGGCUGAGACAGGAGGAUUGCCUCAAGUUUGAGGCCAGCCUGAGCUACGUAACCAAGACCCUGUCUCAGAAAAAAAAUUGCCUUAAGAGUGUCUCAGCCAUUAUCAAUAACUGUUGUUAUGUACAAUAUUUUACCAACGCUUUUCUUUUUUACAUGCAGGUUUUGUUUAUAGAUAUUCAGAACUCUGCCACCCAGUGUUUCUGUUUUCUUGAAUUCUUAAGAGACUUUGGUACUGUGUAUGUUAAUCAAUACUGUGAAUAAGGAGUGCCAGCUCCGGCAAUGAGUUAAUCCUCUUGCUGGUUUGAAAUCAGCAAAUUGUUUACUCAGCCACCACGAGGCAUAGGCCUUUCCUACUCUAGACAGCCACCGUGCUGAGGGGAGGGGACAGGAACGGAACACAUGACGCAGACUCACAGCCUGUUACAAGAAUGCUUUCAAAUUUCCUGAACAUGCCUUUGAGCCUCAUUUUAAAGGGAAUCAGAAAGGGUUUCUCUUUAAAACCUUCUGUUAAUGGAUGGAGCAGGGUCAUGUUAAGUGGUAUUCUGAAAUCAAAGAAUUUGUGGAUGACAGUCCCAUUGUCAUUGCCUACCCUGAUGACUGAUGGUACAGCAUGUUUAAAACGUUUUAAAGCUGUAUUUUGUGCCAAACCAGAUGUGCUGAGCCGUGUGCCAGUGUGAGGCCUGCAGCCCCAGUGGGCAGCUGCAUCCACGCCCAGUCGGUCGCCGCAGGACGGCUUCAUGGUGGGGGAAAAACAGAGCUUCGGGUGAACAAUGGACACAUGCAUGUGCCUGACGUGGUGGCUCCUUGUUUUAUACUACCUCCUUUAACUCAUGCUAGUGUUAUUUUUCCUGUACUCAGGGAACAUUUUGUUACUUUUGAGCUGCCUUGUGGACACACGGGCAGAUUGACAGGGUAUGGCAUUUUGGGGUUUGUGAGUAGAAGUAUGUGGGGCAUCUUGAUCAGUACCUAGAGUUAGGCAGUACAACGAGAGCCUUUAGGUGGAAAAGGCAGACAACACCCAAAGGGUGAUGGAGGAUGUGUCCAGACGGGAUGUGUCGCCUCUGCCUCACUGCCUAAGAGAUGAUGGGAGAAAGCAGUACUGUGUUUGGUACUGAUGAGGAGGCCCCCAGUUAGGUAGAUCUUUAGGCUAUAACUGUUUGCUAACUACUUACCAGUACAUUUUUACCUUUUCAUUUUGUUCUUAUACAGAAUUUUUCAUAAUUAUCUUGUUACCAAAGAAUUUUUGGUAGAAAGUGAAAUUUUGAUUAUAAUUCUCCAAGUCAAAUGAACUAGAAACAUCUAUAGAUAUGAAGUAUUUACAAGUAGUUACUAACCCAAAACAAUAGGGUUUAUAUUGGUUGUUGUAGUUAAAUAGGCUAGUAAUGGUGACUACCUUCUUGCUACCAGAGCAUUUAAAAUACAUUGUAAUAUGUUCUUUACCAGCAGAUAGUUCCAAAGAAUUUCAAGUAUAAUUUUUUUCUUCAGCAAGUAGAUUUUCAACUAUACAGUAUUAAAGUAUUUUUAAAUCGUUGAAACUACUUGUUAGAGAGAAAAUAAUCUUUUCACCAAAAAUAAGUAUUUGGUCUCACUGAAUAGAUGUUAAAUGGACAGCAGAGACUUCUCUUACUUGGACACAGCACGCUUCCUUAGGAUCUGAAGCAUGAACACCUGUGACUACGAGGUGAAGUUGCUCACUCCUCUCCCCCAGUGACUUCACAGGGGCCCCAGCUCCGAGGGGUGCAUGUGCAAAUGGUAGCUAUAUUCCUUUCCAAAGACUUAUUUGCUGUAAGUACUGAUACAUGCAUGUCAUUUUUAUGCCAAAUGUUAAAAGAUAUUGCUCAUCAGUAUUUUCAUACCAAAGACCAUUAAAAUAUAUAGUUUAGCCUAUAAUAAGUAAAGAUGAGCAGAUUUGAAAUAGAUUUAUUUAGAGUGGAUAGAGAAUCUAGCUUUAAUAGUAAAAGAUAUCAAAGGGCUAAGU